ACGGUUACGAAUUAUAAAAUUUUGUCAAAACUCUUAUGAUUUAUAUAUUUCUAGUUAAACUUAUCGGACCACUAACCUGACUGAGAAAAGAAAGUCUCUCCACAAAGGGACAAAUUGAGACAUCGAACGAAUGUGCGACAUUUGACAUUUGACAGACAGACAGACAGACAGACAGAAUGUUCGCCAUAAUGUAGUGUGCGUGUACCGAUUCACCAUGUUACGAUUAUUAUGUACAGUUGUACACAUACUAUACCACUACAUAUUAUACACUACACAUAAUAUAAACUGUACUUGUUGAUCUUUACAUUUUAUAGUAUCAUGUCGCAAUAUAUCAUAACGCCGCAGUUGAAGGAAUGUAUAGCGAAUAUCGAUAAUAUAGAUCCAGUAGUAAUAGAAUUACUUACAAAACCAUAUAUAUCAAAAGGCAAUCUAAUUAAUAUUUAUAAAGCAUAUCAACCUACCACAAAUUUAUUACAACUACUAAGUAAAACUUCAUUAUAUAUACCCAAUAAGAAUCCUGUAGAAGAAAAUAUCAUCAAAACUCCUGAAUUUAUUAAAUCAAUGGAAUUAUUACGGUUAAAGGCUAAGGAAGAAGAAUAUCAACGAUUAGUUAAUCCAUCUCCUGAAUAUUCUACAUUAUAUGAACAAGAUUUAUCUAAUAAAGAAUAUAUAUCUCCUGCAAGAGCUCAUAAAGAAUUAAAGAGUCAAUUAACAACUAUAGUUAAUAUAUUUGUUAGUGUGGCAAGUGUAGUAUAUGCCAUAUGGUAUUGGACAAAAAGUUCAUGGAACCUUCCAGAUAGUUAUAGAGUAUUAUUAUGUAUAUUCUUUGGAUUAUUAAUUUUAGUGGCAGAAGUUGUGGUGUAUAUGGGAUACUUAAAUAAAAUUGAAGAGGCUAGAAUUAGAGAAAGGAAAAAGCCCGAGGUUAAAAAGAUUAUAAAAUCAGUCAAGCUUGCUUAGAUUUGCUUAGACUAUUAUAUAUAAAAAUUAAUUAAUUAGUAAUAUAUUAAAUAUUGACAAUUAAAUUAAAUAUUGUCAGUAAAAUAGCCACAUGGUAGCGCGCCAUUUGCAACAUAUUAUAUAAGUCACCCUUAAUCCGCCUGCCCCCCCUGAAUCAAAUUGACGGUCAAAAUUUAUUCACAUCAAUCAUGCAAGGGGCAUUUGAUAAUAGAGAUACAUUCUCUAUCAAUUCGAUAUUUAACGUAUUAAGCAAUUUCCCUCUAUUAACCUAUGUGAUUAGUUUCUUACAAGAUUUUAUUAUUGGAGUAUUAA